AGCAGCGUAUUCGGCUUGAAUGGUCGAUUGCGUCCUACGCUGGAGUAUUCUCGUUCUAAUUAAUCAGCUAAUGUCAGACAAUGUCUGAAGUGGAGCGAUUGUUCAAUCUAUGUGAUCCAGAAGGGAAGGGUUAUUUGACUGAGCAAGAUCUUCACCACAUUUGCCCACAACUUGAUCAGAAGGACAUUGAAUUCAUUUUCGCGCAGUUAGAUACCGAUGGAUCCGGCAGAAUCGACAAAGAAGAAUUCUGUCAUGGUUUUAACAAAGCUGUACUCGAAGGAGAAAGUAGAGGAUACGGAGGGAUGAAACGUCGGGCAAGUCUCAUCGACUACGGCAAUUCAGAAGGCAAAUUGAUGGACAUUUCUGAUUUGCCCCCGAUACGGCCUGGUGAUGAAGUUUUUGACAGCGAUGCAGAGUCAUCGUUCGCUCGACCGAAUCGUCUCCGCCCUCUCGAAGAGGAAUUGUACAAUUCAGAAUCUGACACGAAUGCCAGCAUUGAUUUUGCACUGCCUUGCCACGAGGAGGUUGUCAUGCUAUAUCAACAGCUUCAAAAUGCUGGAGUACCGCAACUUUUGCGAAAAUACGAACGCAUUGUAGGAUCAUUUUACAAGGAAUUAAAGGACCAAAAAGAUGAAAAUCAGCGACUACAGCAUGUUUUCGAAACAGAAAAAGAUAUGUACAACAAACGAAUGGAAGAAGUCGAGUUAGAAAUUGACCAGCAAGUGAUGAUUGCUGAACGUAAAGCCAGAGAAGAAGAGAGACAGAGAUUAACCAAGGAGAAAGAAGAAAUGAAAUCGAAAAUGGCGGAAGAAAUGCGAACAAUGCAAAGCAAUAUCGAAAGACUUCAAAAAAUGGAAAAUGUGCUAGAAAAGGAAGGACAGAAACUUUCACAUCAGAAAGAGUUGCAGGACCGUCUCAAGGAAGUUUGUUCUGAGAAUACAGAACUACGACGUGGUUUGGCUGAGAAUCAUCUUGAAUUAGCGAUGAUCAAGAGUGAACUUGCACAUGUUCGUGCUGAGUACGAGCACAAGGAGAAUGAACUAAUCCGGCAAAAAGACGAAGUCUCUGCUGUAUCCCAGGAAAGUGAAAAUAUGCAACGUCAGAUUCAGCUUCUUUUCGAAGCCAACAAAAAGCUGCAUGACACUAACGAAAGCCUCAGAGAUGCACUGGACAGUCGUGCUUCAGUAAUCAGACAAUUCAACUUGGUGAACAAACGAACACCGUCACCGAGCAGCUUAGUGAGAACCGCAUCCGAAGGGGUAGCUCUUUUCCAGAGCCCAACCCAAGAUAGUCUAAGGUUACCGACUCCACCAACUUGGAGUGAGGUAUCACCGGAGGAAGACGGUAUCACAAUAUCUGUUGAAGAUGGGAACUGUUCAAGCGAUUCGGAAAAACCUAAAGGAGACGUUGAAGCGAUGAUGGGCCUUCAUGCGGCUACUGGCCCUGCGGAAAGGACGUUUAGAAUAGUAAUGUGUGGAGAGGCAGCUGUUGGAAAAAGCAGUUUAGUUAUGAGGCUUGUCAGUGGCAAGCAUUGUGCUAAUUUGCCUAGCACGCUAGGUGUUGACUUCCAUGUCAAGACAGUAUGUGUAGAUGGAAGAAAUGUUGCCCUUCAAUUAUGGGAUACUGCUGGACAAGAGAGGUUUCGCUCAUUAUGUAAAUCGUACUUCCGGCGUGCAGAUGGUGCUGUUUUGGUUUACGAUGUCUCAUCAGAGCACUCCUUCAUUAGAAUUCGAGACUGGGUUGACACAAUAAAGGACUCAGUUGAAAGACAAAUCCCAGUCAUAUUGGUUGGUAACAAGUGCGAUCUUCGACAAGAGAAUGCCGGUGGAGUUUCGAGGGAAGAUGGCGCUGCCCUCGCCGCUAAGAUGGGUAUCCUGUUCAUGGAGACAAGUGCGCUAGAUGGAAGCAAUGUGGACAGCUCUGUCUUAGCCCUCACAAGAGAAAUGAUGGCAAUGGAAGAUGUCGACGUGCGUUCUGCAGGAGUGAUCCUCUCGCCGAGGACAAAACCAGCCACAGGGUGUUUUAGUAAAUGCAAGGCAUAAUUGAAAGUUUCUGCUAAUUCAGUCUACAUCCUUUUCUUCUGAAGAUUUUUGUACGAAUUGCACAUAAAUAGAUUUUCUCAAGAGACAUGUAAUAAAGCUGGAUGUUUUC